AUGACAGAAGGCAAACGACAAAACGUGAUAAUCGUAGGAGGAGGCUCAGCAGGCGCCUUAACAGCCCGCGAACUCUCCCUCCUCCUCGACCCCUCAAAGCACCAUCUCAUCCUCAUCACCGCCCGUCCGCACUUUACCCAUCUCCCGGGAACCAUCCGCAUGGUCGUCUCUUCCGAAGAAGCACUGGAGGAACGCGUGUUCAUGCCUUACGACGUACCUGAUUGGUUACACGGAAAAGGGGAAGUGAAGGUUGGACGCGUUGAGCGUAUCGAGGGGGGUAAGGUUGUCCUUACGGAUGGGGAGACGUUGGAAUAUGAGGUUCUUGUGUUGGCUACGGGGAGUACGUGGGAGGGUCCUAUUAAUUUACCUGAUGAUGAGGAGGAGGAGUUGGCUUCGAUUAAGGCGUCGAGGAAAGAGUUUGAAAAGGCGAGGAAUGUUGUGUUGGUUGGUGGGGGUGCUAUUGCCAUUGAAUUCGCGGGAGAGAUCAAAGAUCUGUGGCCGGAAAAGGAAGUUACCAUCGUCCAUAAUCAAGGCAUCCUCUUGAACGACGCGUAUCCCGAGAAAUGGAGGAAGGCCCUCACGAAACGCGUCCAAAAAGGUGGUGUCCAACUCGUACUCGAAGACCACAUAGACGACAUCGUCCCAUCCCAAGACGGCACCGUCAAAACGCGCAAGGGGAAGAAAAUCACUGCAGAUCUCGUGGUCCCAUGUCGCGGCGGACGCCCAAACACCUCCUUCAUAGCCUCCUCACUCGGCUCCGACGUCCUCUCUUCCGCAGGACGCGUAAAGGUCCUACCAACCCUCCAACUCCCAUCCCACCCACGCAUUUUAGCAGGUGGCGAUAUCAUCGAGUGGAAAGAACAGAAGCAGGCGGCAAAGUACCCCGCCCAUGCCUCCGUCAUCGCUAAGAAUGCGUUUGCGCUGCUUGAGAAGAAUCAGCUCAAGGCGAAGUAUGCGGGGAGUCCGGAGUUGAUUGCGAUUUCGUUUGGGAAGAAUGGAGGUGCUAGUUAUUUGGGCCUUUUGUGGGGUGUUACGCUUGGAGAUUGGUUUACUGCGAAGCUCAAGUCGCGGGGACUUGCUAUUGAUAUGACGAAGAAGGCUUUGGGGCUCUAAUGGUUUUUUUCGGAUGGAUGGAUGGAUUUGAUACCGGUGGUUUUUGGACGCAUGUUUUAAUUUCUGGACGUGUAUGUAGAUGUAUAUGUAGCAUGCAUAUGUCGGAGGUUGAGCUUAUUCUGUACACGUUUACGCUUUUGUAAUGC